AUGGCUGCCACGGUGCUUGGAAAGCGUUCUCGACGAGCUCUGGAUGAACAAGAGGCCUCGGAUACACUUCCCAUCACCAAGAGACGAACGCGACGCUCUGCACCCGAGAUAUACCAAGAUGCAGCUGAGAAGAAUGAAUUGGGGAAACCGAAUACCCGUCCUGUUGGAGCUCGUAACGGACGAAGGAAUGAUACUGUACAAGACAGUCCGGUAAAGAACCAAACGAGCACAACCAAAGCCAUUGGAGAUUUCAACCUUGCUUCGGACGAAAAUCUACCGCCCUCGAUUCUGUCGACUCCCACCACUGUCCGCUUCAAGGAUGUUCUUGCUUUAUCCGCUCCCAGCACACCCAAACACCGUGUACGACUUGCUGGUAGACUCCUCACCCCUCAGUCGUCACGUUCAUCCACUCCAGCAAGAUCGCAAAAUGUAUAUUCGCGUGCACGACAGUUAUUCACUCAAGCUGGCAAUGGAAAGAUUGUCGGGCGGGAGGGUGAACGGCGCCAGUUGACCAUGUUCAUUUCCAAGGCGAUCGAAACUCGAAUCGGAGGCUGCACAUACGUUAGUGGACCGCCUGGCACCGGCAAGAGUGCCUUGGUCCAGGAGAUCAUGCAAGACUUUCAAGGGGAGCCCGUCACGACCACCACGAUCAAUUGCGUGUCUUUGAAGUCUUCGGCCGAAGUCCUCGCCCGUCUGAGCGAAACCUUUUGUCCUGGCAAGGGCAGCUCAAAGUCAUCCAAAGCCAACCUGGCGAAAUUGUUCACGACCAAAAGAGUCAACCCGGAAAUGCAUCUUGUUUUGCUCGAUGAAAUCGACACACUCCUUGGAGGGGACUGCGAGGUGUUGUACAGCAUCUUCGAAUGGGCCAUGCAUCCGUCGUCCAGUCUCAUCUUGAUUGGAAUCGCCAAUGCUCUGGAUCUGACUGAUCGCUUCCUGCCCCGUCUGAAGUUGAGGAAUAUCAAGCCGCAACUGCUACCGUUCCUUCCAUAUUCGGCUCAACAGAUCUCUGCCAUCAUCUCAAACAAGCUACGAACUCUCAUGACUGAUGAUACCCCGGCCGGCGCUGAGUUUGUCCCUCUGAUGCAUCCGGCCGCGAUUCAGUUGGCAGGCAAAAAAAUAUCUUCCCAGACGGGAGAUCUCCGAAAGGCCUUUAGUCUGGUUCGUCGCGCGCUCGACCAGGUUGAGCAAGAAACGCUCUUGAAGAUGAGCCAAGAGCAGAGUGUAACUCCCACCAAACUACCACUCCAAGAAAUCUCCAACGUGUCCCCUGGUCAGGCUGUCCCAUCUCCUGUCAGGAUAGACCAUCGGUCAGUGCUCAAUCGUCUUACCUGGGAGACAGCGCCUAGAGCGUCCAUUGCACAUGUGGCCAAGAUCGCAGCGACCAUUUUCAACACCGGUACACUCUCUCGCUUGGGCGGCUUGAAUCUCCAGCAAAAAGCAGUGCUGUGUUCAUUGGUGGCUUCGGAAGCCCGCCAGCACCGUCGCGAUCCUUACACCACACCGUCCAAGUCAGGAUCCAGGCUACCUACGAUAAAGAACUUGUUUGAAAAGUAUGCUCAACUGUGUAAGCGCGAUGACGGACUGUUGCAGCCGCUCAAAAACACCGAGUUUCGAGACGUAGUCGCCAGCCUCGAAACCUUGGGGUUGGUGCAAGAGGCGUCCGGGCGCACAUCGGGCUUGCUGACACCUACAAACACGCCGUCCCGAAGCGGACGAGCGACAGACGACAAGCAGGUGGUAAGCGCCGUGUCUGAAAGAGAGAUGCGAGACAGCCUGACGGGGCCGGGCUCUGAUUUGUUGUUGAGGCUACUACUUGAGGAAUAA